AUGAUGCAUGUUACAGUUGAGAAAGAACGUAAGAAGGCCGAAAAACUGGCAAAGUUUCAGGAAAAACAAUCCAAGAAGCAAGCAAUACCGACGCCUGCCCCUACUCCCACGGCGGCGAAGAAAGAGAAAGUCAAGAAACCGACCGCCGUUGAUGCCUAUGAACCACAAAAGAUCGAGUCUGGCCGAUAUGAAUGGUGGGAAAGCCGAGGCUAUUUCAAACCCCAAUUCACCCAAGACGGCCAUGUCAAGCCUGAAGGAAAAUUCGUCAUCCCCAUUCCUCCUCCGAACGUGACAGGUUCCUUGCACAUGGGUCAUGCCCUUACCAAUGCUUUGCAAGAUACCAUGAUCAGACACGCGAGAAUGAAAGGAAAGACCACAGCAUGGAUUCCUGGUUGUGAUCACGCCGGUAUUGCCACACAGAGUGUGGUGGAAAAAAUGGUUUACAAGACAGAAGGCAAGACUCGACAUGACCUCGGACGAGAAGCCCUGCUUGAAACAAUAUGGAGCUGGAAGAACAAGUAUCAUGGCAACAUUACAAAUCAGCUCAAACGACUGGGAGGCUCAAUGGAUUGGAGUCGCGAAGCUUUCACCAUGGACGACAACCUCUCCCUGGCCGUGCGAAAGACGUUCAUUGAUUUGUAUGAAGAAGGGGUCAUUUACAGAGCCAACCGGUUGGUGAACUGGUGUUCUGCCCUCAGCACUUCCUUGUCCAACCUGGAAGUGGACAACAAGGAGCUCAAAGGUCGAACCAAAUUGAAGGUGCCAGGCUACGACAAGAUGAUCGAGUUCGGUGUGCUUACCUACUUCAAAUACCCGAUCAGCAAAGGAGACGAUCCAGCCAAAUCAUCCACCGCGGCAGAUCGAUUCAAAGGACACGACGUCAUCGAAAUCGCAACCACUCGUCCAGAAACGAUGCUAGGCGAUACCGGGAUCGCGGUGCACCCCGAUGAUAAGAGAUACAAACAUCUUGUGGGCAAGUAUGCCAUCCAUCCCUUCAUUCCAGACCGGAAAAUCAUCGUCUUUGCCGAUGAAGAGGUGGAGAUGGAAUUCGGUACUGGAGCUGUAAAGAUUACACCGGCGCAUGAUCCCAACGAUUUCAUCAAAGGCAAAAAGCACAACCUGGAGUUCAUCAAUAUCUUGAAUGACGACGGGACAUUGAAUGCCAACGCCGGUCCUUUUGCCGGACAGAAGCGAUUCGACGCUCGUUAUGGAGUCAUCGACGCUUUGAAAGAGCUCGAUUUAUACUCGAAACAGGAAGACAACGCCAUGACGAUCCCCAUGUGUCAGAGAAGCAAAGAUGUAAUCGAGCCGGUGUUGAAGCCUCAAUGGUGGAUGAAAAUGACCGAUUUGGCCAAAGCAGCAGAUGAUGCUGUGCUUGAUGGAAGGAUCCUGAUCAGACCCGAAACGGAAUCACGUCGGUUCCACUUUUGGAUGCAGAAUAUUCAAGACUGGUGCAUUUCUCGGCAGCUCUGGUGGGGUCAUCGAGCACCAGCCUAUUUCAUUCAACUCCAAGAUGAACCCAGUGACGAGGCCGAUGAUAGAUUCUGGGUGUGUGCGUUUGAUGAAGAUGAGGCUCAUGCCAAAGCCAAAAAGAAAUUCCCCGGCAAGAAAUUUACGUUGCGAUGGGAUGAAGAUGUGUUGGAUACCUGGUUCUCAUCCGGAUUGUGGCCGUUCUCAACCCUCGGAUGGCCGAAAGAGACUUCCGACAUGAGGGAGCUUUAUCCGACUUCCAUCCUGGAAACGGGUUGGGAUAUUCUUUUCUUCUGGGUGGCCAGGAUGGUCAUGCUGGGGCUGAAAUUGACAGGCGACGUGCCAUUCACGGAGGUGUAUUGUCACUCUCUUAUUCGAGACGCUGAAGGACGAAAGAUGUCCAAAUCGCUCGGAAAUGUGGUGGAUCCGUUGGAUAUCAUCCGGGGCAUCACACUUGAAGAUCUUCACAAGACCCUCUACGCCGGGAAUCUCGACCCCGCGGAGAUCGAUCGUGCCAAGGCAUAUCAGAAAUCGGCAUUCCCAAAGGGGAUUGAGGAGUGCGGCGCCGAUGCUCUACGAUUCACUCUGGUCAAUUACACCACGGGUGGCGGUGAUAUCGCAUUUGACAUUCGAGAAAUCGAAGCCAAGCGACGAUUCUGCAACAAGAUAUACCAAGCCACCAAUUUCGCUUUGGGCCGAUUCGGUGAAGACUUUACUCCAGAUGCUACGAACACCGAUAGCCAACCGAAAUCACUGGCGGAGAAGUGGAUUCUCCACCGACUCAACUGUGCUGCCAAGGAGGUGAGUGAGGCCAUCGAGGGCCGUGAAUUUUCAGUGGCUGCCGGCACACUGUACCAAUACUGGUUCACUCAGCUUUGUGACACAUUCAUCGAGAACUCCAAGUAUAUUCUCACUCCGGAGGCCCCAGAGGACGAAAGAAAGUCGGCUCAACAAACGCUGUACACCGCACUCGAAGGCGGCUUGUUGUUGAUGCAUCCUAUCAUGCCUUUUCUCACAGAGCAUCUGUGGCAGAAACUUGCCCGACGCAAAGGCGAUACUACAGAAAGUAUCAUGAUCGCCAAAUAUCCCGAAUUCAACGAGAAACUGGACGCUCCCAAGGAAGCAGAAGAGUACGAGUUCGUCAUGGCCAUCGCCACGGGCAUUCGAAGUUUGCUUUCCCAAUACGGCUUCAAAGAACCGGGCGACAUCAUCAUCCAAACCUACUCGGAGUCUGCUUUCACGACCGUGUCGGAACAGCGAACCUCGAUCAGAUCUCUCGGCGGCAAGUAUGCGGGUGAGAUUGAGGUGCUGCCUCCAAGCACGGAUUCGCUUCCACCGGCAGGCUGUGCCUUGCAGAGCAUCAACGCAGAUGCCGCCGUGUAUUUGAAGAUCGUGGGCCGGAUUGAUCUUGCUGAGGAACUGAAGAAGCGGAAGAAAGCGAUUGAAGAUGCCAAAGCACGUGUGGAGAAGAGUAGGAAGAUCAUGAGUGGAGCCGGGUGGGAGAAGGCGAAUGCAGAGACGAAGAAGAAGGAAGAGGAGAAGCUGCAGGAUGCCGAGAGUGAGGUGAAGAGGUUGGAAGAUGCGAUUACGGAUCUGGAGAGGUUGAAGAUGGAGGCAUAG